CGUUUUCUGCACGCAUGGCAGCCACUGUGAAUCACUAUAUAAUCAGGGCUGCACCACCACAAGUUGAUUGUUUUAGCUUCAAUGGUGGUGGCCGCUGCAGCCGAGCACCAAUAUGCUCGUGAAGCUGGUGCUGGUAACUUGUCUUGGCGUCGCAACUGUCCGACCCAAAAUGCGAGAUGGCCAGGAGCUGGUCCUGCAUACUGGUGGUGCAGCAGAAUUAAUGAGGAGUCCACCAAACGUUUCGUGUACCACCAUCGCCAUAACGGACAGUACUACCACUCCUCCAGACGUCGUGAAGGAUCUGCUCGAAAAAUCAGCGUUGGACCAGUGGCAAGUGAUGGCAACAUUUGAGGUGAAUUUAGAGAAGAGAAACACCACCAUUACUGAUCGUCUGUCGAAGUUGAUCCAAUUAGCACGUCAAGCGCGUCAGCUGUCGUGGUGCUCGAUGGUGGUGGUGGUGAGUCUCGAUCCUGACUUUCUCAUCGCAUUCGCGGAGUGGUCUCUGAAGGGAAGGCUGCUGGUGUGGACCACCAAGCUGCUGGUGGUGAGCCGCCUGACAAAUACGCAACUCCAGGACCUUCUGCCCGCCCACUGGACUUUCUCCAUGAUGAACACAGUGUUUCUCAACAUGGAGGGCGACGCUGAGCAGCCCCGGUAGUGAUGUAUUGUCAUUUAUAUUGAUAUAUGUAUGUACAGGAAAGCCUCCAUCUCGUAUAUUCGUUGUUCAUCACUGACACAACAGGCUGGACAAACAUGAUCUAAUAUUGUGAAGUAUGGUUGAGUAACUGAUUUAUUUAAGAUGAUGCCAUUUAAUUUCAUGGCGGUGAAACAACUGCGGCUGUAAUAUAUACAUUCCUAUCUAGUAAUUUUUUUACAGCAAUUGUGGUGUAAUGUAUGCGUCGAUUACAAUCUUAUGGAUAUGUGCAGGUGCGGUAUGUACACGUACUGGCCGUACAGCAAAGGUGGCUCCCAGAUGGUGAAGAUCGCCUUAUGGACACCAGCUCACGGCUUCAAACACCUCUCUUCUGUCUCCUUUUUCCAGGACAAAUUCCAAAAUUUCUACGGUGGCAAGGUGAACGUGACAUCCGGACCUUACAUGCCUUACUGGGACGAGGAAGAGGUGCUGGCCGCUGAUGGUUCCAAGACAAUCGUGUACCGUGGCUCUGACUACCUCAUGGUGGAUGCUAUUGCCUCAGCUCUUAAUUUUACUGUCCGCGUCCUUCCGACGUCAUCGUGGACUGAGGUGAGUUGUUGAGUUACAUCAUGUGGUCCCACCAUUUGGAUGUUAAGUCCCCUAAACAGAUAGUUGGUUCUAUGAACGGCUAAUCAUUUCAUUAAUGUCUUGAAUCAACUGUGACUAACCCCUUCCCAUAAUGGGAAAACAAAGCGCCAGUUUCGUAGACAACUCUAGUCACUUAAGCAUUUUGUUUCGUUACUCUGGAUCUAUUACGUAGCACUGAAGAGUAAUUUCCCUUUCAAGGUAAUAAGACUGGUGGAGGAGAAGACUUCAAUGAUUGCUCCAAUUAUUCAUAGUAUCAUACCUGAGCGCGUCGAAAAAUUUGACUUCACUUACUCAUAUGCAAAUUCAUACAACUCAUUUGCCUUGGCUAAACCCAACCUGGAGCCUCGAUGGAAGAGCGUUUACUAUCCUUUGUCUACUGGAGUGUGGAUAGCAGUGAUUGGACAUGUCGUCUUCUUUCCAUUCCUUUUGUGGCAGCUCAUUCGUGCAGGACAUGAUGGAAACCCAAACGUGGGUGUGGGGGCAGUGUUCCAGGACAUGGUGGGGAUGCUGCUCGGCCAGAACCUUCCUCGCCGUGUGUCCUACACCUCCUCCAGCAGGGUUCUGGUGGCUGCCUGGCUGGUGUUCGCUCUCAUCCUCGGACUGGCCUACCGGGGCAACUUGACUGCCUCUCUCACCCUUCCCAAGUAUCCACCGCGCCCAGAGACACUCAAGGAAAUCAUCAACAAUGUUGACAUGGUAACGAUGCCUAGUUACGGUGAACACUUCCGUAAAUUCUACAGUGACUCUGAGUCUCCAUUAUUUCAAGCUCUGGGCAGCCUUAUGAACCCUGGACCUUCACUGAUGGAGGGGCUCAAGAUGGCGUUGGUGAAAAGAAGCAGCCAUCUAGAUGGAAGAAAGUACAUUCAGUAUCAAAUUCUGGACAAGUUUACGGAGAAAGACGGCAGCACCCCUUUUUACGUCACCCGUGAGUUCGUGUCUCACACCCCGGCUGGAUGGCCAAUACCGCACGACGCGCCGUACAAGGCUCACUUGGACAGGUUGAUCGUGGGCACCUUGGAGGCUGGCCUCUAUGAUAAGUGGACAGCAGACUUGAUGAGGGAGACGAAGCUCAGGAGUCAGAGGAGACAACGGCAACGUUACGCUGCAGGUCACGAAGGCCAGGCAGAACCAAAGGCCGUAAAUGAGGAUGGUCUACCAACCCUCACCAUUAACCACACGCAGGGCGCCUUCAUCCUCCUCCUGCUGGGUUUCGUCUUUAACACACUCAUUUUUUCCAGUGAGCUGCUUUGUAAGAUUUAACUGAAAAUAAAAUCUGUGACCAUACAGCAAUAAA